AUGCCUCGCCCCAGCCUGCCGCCUACGCCGGCGGCUUCGACCGAUAUCCCUGGCAAGCCUGGCCUUGGCGUCGCAAACGACCCCUCAUGGGUGCUCCCGCCAGCCGCUAUGAGCGACCGCAGUAGAGGGAGCGUUAGCUCCUCCAGCGUCGCCUCCUGCAAUGCUUCCGAAUCCUCCUACCACCCUGCGUCUCCGGUGCCCGCGAAACAGGCCAUCACUUCUGUCAGCCAUAGCUCUUCGUCAAGCUCGAAAAAACGCUCUGCCAAUCGCGCUGUUUCCGCAGAGGAUGACUACACUCUCCCUCCGCCGCCGACGCGCUUGCGAAAGAUCAUCCAAAUGAAGCCGAAGGAAGAGAAGAUUGUUGCGCAAAAGCAGGAAACACAAGCGAUUGAGGGAGCAACAAUGGCUGGAUCCACAGCCAAGGGCAAGAGUGCUGGAGGUCGCGGCAAGAAACAAAACAAUGGCCACACGGCGGCAGGGCGAAAGAUUGCACGCAAGACGGCACAUAGUCUGAUUGAGCGCCGGAGACGUUCGAAGAUGAACGAGGAGUUCGGUGUGCUCAAGGACAUGAUCCCUGCAUGUGCCGGUCAAGAGAUGCAUAAGCUUGCUAUCCUGCAGGCCAGCAUCGAGUACAUGCGUUACCUUGAGCGUUGUGUUGCCGGGUUGAAAACAGCAAACAAGGGGAAGCUUUCGUCUGAGUCGCCGCCGUGGCAGCAGUUGACAGCAACACCGCAAUGGCAGCCGCCGACCACGGUGGAGGAUUAUGAAGGAUCUGAGGACCAGGACGAAGACAUGUCCGAGGCUGGCUCCCCUAACGCGACGACACCGAAUGCGCAGACUGCUCAACCGCCCAACCCCGGGCCACCCUCCAGCUCAACGUCACCGACCAUGCACCCCACAGACCGGAGUCACUUCUCCGCACAGGUCUCGCCAGCCAUAUUCCCCGCAGAUGGCGGCCACAGACGGCUGAGUUCGCUCACCGCAUCGCCAAACAUGUUCGGUAUUCCACCACACCACUUCUCCUUCUCGGCGCAUUCGACCACAACGUCUCCAUCUAUUCUCCCCUCUCCAUCGGUGGUUGGUCAGCCGGAAAGCAGGUCGAGACAUCAAAGCUUUGCGUUGACAAGCCCAGCAUUGGGGCCCCAGCCGGACUCUCGGGACGACCACGAGGCGACAGCAGCGCUGUUGAUGCUGAACAGCGACCGCAGGUCGUGGAGCGGGGCGAACUCGACGGCGUCGACGCCGGGGUCGCGGGGCAUGAGUGUGAAGGAUCUUUUGAGCGGUUGA